AUGUGGAUUCUUGAUUCGGAGGGUGAUUUGCUGGAGGGGAAGCGGGUGUGGUUGCGGCCGGGGAAACAGUAUCUUUUCGGUCGGGUCAAGCAAGAGGGUGUUCGACAUGUAAUUCAGCAUAACUCGAUAUCGCGAAAGCACAUGGUGAUCUCGGUAUCACCAGUGCAGCCUGGCAAUGGAUCUCAUAUAUAUACCAGAUCGGAGAUUACCGUUAGCGACGAGAAAUCGAAACUCGGGACCACGGUGGACGGCGAGCAGAUCAAGGGCACAAGCAAGAAGUUGACGGGCGUGGAGCAUUCAGUCAAGCUGGGCAAAUACAAGCCUGCGCUACGAAUCAAGUGGCAGCCGACCGUCCUCAGUUUCUCGUUCUCCACGAAAGAGCUCAAAGCGAAAGACCCUCUGGCGCAUGUCCGCUCGCGCCUCGAAGAUUUGGAUAUCAAAACGAUCAUUCCGUACGUCCUCGACCAGACUACACAUGUCGUCCAGAGCAAGAGAAAUACUGCAAAGGGGUUACAGGCUUUGGUGAAUGGGAAAUCGAUUGUGGAUCAAUCUUACGUCGAUGCGCUCGUCUACGCGGCCACCCCAAGCGAUCUGGAGAACCUGGAAUCCUUGUCCCCAUUGGAAGCCGACUUUGAUACAGCAUGGCCGGACCCAAGCUUGCAUCUUCCGCCGCCGGGCAAGGAACCUAUGCAGAGACCUCCUGAAUCGUUCGCCCCGAAUCCCGAUAGGAUCAAUAUCUUCGAUGGAUAUACGUUCGUUUUCGGUGAUGUUACUCAGUAUCAAAAUCUGGCCGACCCAAUCAAUAAUGGACACGGGAAGGCGUUGAUGUAUCAGAUAGACCCUGGUGUCACUACGGCAGAAGAAAUCGUGCAGUUUAUGAGAAAUGCAGCGGGUACUAAAGGCUUGGGUGAAGAGAGAGAAGGCUCUGGUGGAGUGGUGCUUGUCCGCUUUCGCUCCCAAGGGCAGUACGAGGAUUGGUCGAUUGAGCUAGGUAAUCAGGUUGCUGUCAUGACUGAUCAGCGCGUUAUCCAGCAGAGUGAGUUCCUCGAUGCCAUUCUGGCAAACGAUGCUUCCUCUCUGUGUCGCUCGCUUCCGCCAGCUCCAGACUCUGGCCCAGAGACCGGUCCAAAAGUGGUUCCCGAAUCUCAACCUGCACCUACUCCCGAAAAUGCCGAGCCUCCUCCAGUCUCCCGAACCUUCAAAAAUGUUUCACAGGUUCCCAACAGCCAACCUUCUGCCCGGUCGAAGGGAUCACGCGUUCGCGGCUUCGUCAGCAAGAUGAAGAACUUUGACGAUGGGUUCGAAUUGGCCUCUAUUCCGGCCUAUGUUCCUGAAGAAGAAGGCGCGGAAUCAACUUUGCCUUCUGCGAUAGAUCUAGAACCAUUGUCAGAGCCGCCAUCCCAGCAACCAUUACAGAAACCCUCACGGAAAUCUCAGCAUCCGUCACAGCGACAGAACCGGUUAGAAGAUGUGGAAGAAGAGGCAGAACAGGAAGAAGAGGAUGUCAUGGCCGGCCUAUUGCCUGGUGCGAAUGCAAUGAAGCGCCGUCGUGCAGAAACAGGCCCGCGCCGUCGUGCAAGCCCAGAUGCACAGCCUAAGGAAAAAGUCGAACGCAAGCCGAAACGCCAAAAAUUGGACGUUCUAGACGCCGCUCGAAAACACCGGGAAGCGGAAGAAAAUUCCCAGCGGCGUCAAGAGGAGAAAGAAACUUGGCGAGACGACCUCAAUGACACGCCUAUUGAGAAGCUCAAGGGCCUUGCAAUUGUGGAGGAAUGGGAUGUACCGCUCCGGAGGCCGCAUGAACCGCGUGAAGAACGGUGGGACGAGCGAUGGAAUGGGCGAAAGAACUUCAAGAAGUUUCGACGCAAGGGUGAACCCCGGUAUGCUAGCAAUCGCGUGCAGAGGGUCAUUGUGCCACUGGUGGAAGUGACACGGAAGAACUAUGGCAUCGGCGAUCAUUAUUGGGCCAGCAGCCAUGAGUCGCGCAUAGAUAGCCCUGCAGUUAGCCAUCCUCGGGAGCAACGCUAUACGGAUGAUGGCGCUGAUUCUGAGGCAGAUGGUACUCUUGGUGGUUCUACAGCGCCGUCCGCGUCAGUCUCCCGCGUGGAAUCAAAAACGCCCAGCCAAAACAAAAGUCAGAAUCGGAGCCAAAAGCGCCCGAGAGAGGUCCGCGAUUCUGAUAGUGAAGAUGAGUUGCGAUUUCGAUUCCGUCGGCGGAGGUAGCUUUUAUUACAUUUCUUGCUGUAUUACUAUUGAGGGAUUAUCCCAGCAGGCCAGGGAAUUAAUAUAUUAUCCAGCA